AUGGCAAUUACUUCAAUCAAUUCAAAUCCUAAUAAUUCGAAUAAUCAAAUAUUUGAAGAGUUUAACAAUUUUGUAGAAACCCGAAUUAGAUUAGGACUUGUAUUUAAUAUUGAAAAUAUUCCUGAAAUUAAUUAUUGUCAUGCAAAACCUGGAAGAGUUUGGAAUAAUGAAAAGUGCCCUUCAAUAAUUAUUAAGAAUAAUAUUAAUGAAAAAAUGAAUGGAGAAAAAAAUGACAAUACUGAGUAUGUGUAUGAAUUGAAUUCAUAA